UCUAUGUAACAUGCAUGUCUAAUUCUAGUUUGUGGCGGAUUGAGGAUUUAACGUACAGCACAAGGCCUCACUUCCUCACAAUGCACAGUUAUUUAGACUUGGAUAAAUAGGAUCAGAGACCAAAAUUAGUAUGUGUGGUUGGAUACAACUGGACCAUGCAGCUCAGUGGUUAAGCAGAUUAGAUAGGAUUUACUGUCACGCUUGUCUCGUCAGCAGCAGCCUCAGUCGUAGCAACAGGUUGUCCUGCGCAGACCAGUGUGACCAAAAGCUGAAUGGAGAAAGUUAUCUGUCCUUGGUAGGAAUCUUCAAAAGCUUACAACACCAGGACUUAAGCCAUAUGUUACAACAUUCUUCAAUCAAGCAAUCAUGUGGCAAUAAAAAUGACCCAAAAUGGUUGCAUAUGUCCUAUGGUCAGCGAUUGUUUGGACUCUGAAGGGCUUGCUAUACACUUGGAGGUAUUUCUGGGUAAACCCUUACUGUGCCAUAAAAUCUACACCAUGGAUACCACAUGAAUCUACAAGUGAGGCACAUAUUGCAGAACCUGAGAAGCAGCACAAGCAGGUGAGGAUUCAGCACGAGCGCAGCAGUGCUCUACACAAGAGGUUACUAAAGGCUGAGGGGGAGAUUCAGGAUCUGAAGGCUCAAAUUACCAGUCAAAGAGCAUCAUGGGAGAUGCGGUUCACAGACCUGCAGAGAAGACAGCAUGACCUGAGAGAUCAGCUGCACUCUGAGAUUGUGGUUAGGUCGAGUGCCUUGCACAAAGUCACUGAUUCUGAAGAAAUGAGUGAAGUCUUCUCAGAGGCUGGCCUAGAGAAUGGACAGCAUAUUGAGGAGAAAGCACACGACUAUUCCAGUGGCUUGAACCAAAUUCACCAGCUCAGAGGGCCGGAUAUGAGAUUACUGCAAGAUGGUGUUUACUCAAACAGUCUGACCUGCAGUCAGGCCACCUUUUCCACUGCUGUCGACUCCAGAUCCACCUCUGCCAUGUCUGUCAGCACUAGUGUCGGCUCAUGGAGAAGUGGGACUGGCCCCCACCGUGUCUUUGUGCCCCAUUCCCCAAUGGACUUACAGACUGGCCACAGGGUACGAGUUCUGCUGCCCUCUGGUCGAAUCAGCACUGGAACGCUACGCUACCUGGGUCAUCUGCAAGGCUCACCGGACAUUCACUUGGGUGUGGAGCUGGAGUUGGCUGAGAAUGGACAGCAAACAGGCACCUAUGAGGGCCAAUUCUACUUUGACUGCAAGCCUGGACAUGGUGUGUUCGUUGCAUUCAGCAAGCUACUAAUGGCCUGGGAGUAGACUUACCAAUUAAAGCACAGAGGUGUUAGAAUACAACCUAUGGACAUAUAUACCAACUUGGUAUAUGUUACAUUUUUUUUCUGGUCUUAAAGUACUGGGGUUUGCUGCAUUCUGCCCUGUCUUCAAAUGUGAUUAGUAAGUAAAGGCCUACUGAAUAAUUGCUGUUUGGUCAAUAAACCACAUAUAACAUCAAUAAAACAUGACAUAGCCAAUGUGA